UCAAUGUGAACGCUCGUUGCUCGUGCGCCGGUACCUCGUGACUUUAUUAUGUAUUCGCUUUCUCUGUUUACUCACUGUGUGUGUAAUACUUAAAUACAUGCACGCCACUAUGUCACAAGAAAACCUCGAUCGACAGCUCUCAGUCGAGCCUCCUUCGUCCGGUAAUGUGUCUGAUAACGACGAGGUGGAACUAAGAAAAGAUCGAGCAAGUGUCAAAGAGAUGAUAAUGCGCUUCGAAAGAACUGGUAUUCAUCUUGGCAGUUCUAGUGAAUCGUUGGAAAGACUGAAAGAUCCAAUGUUAGGUAGUUUGACGAGUAUUGUGAAUCCGAUCCAUUCCCAUUUCCAACAUUUGUGUCCAGUGAGUAAAUCGCAAGACAGAAAUUCUAAUGUGUCCGUGAAUUCUAUACUGUCAAAUGUUUCUGAAAUAAGUUGUGAAUCUAGUUCAUCGGGCUUUGUUUCGGAUCGAAAGUCAUGUUCAUUAAAACCACACAGGCCAGCACCUCCACCACCAGAACCUUUUAAUGAUACCUCAUCAAUAGACAGUAAAUCGCCAGUACCAGAAGAAAAUACUAAAGUAGAAAGGCGAUAUUCGUUUGCAACUCCAUCAACAUCGCCAGUGGCAAAACGACGGUCGCGACAGCCACCCGUCAUUCGAAGAAAGUCUUUAGUAGCUCAAGCGCAAAUAGGUGAAACUCUUUGGUCAUAUGGUGUUAGACAAUGUGAUUUAGAAAAACUUCUAAGAUUAAAGCUUUCAGACCCCUCCGAUAACGAGGAAGAUAGAAAAACUAUUGCAAUUAAUAAUAUGUCAAGUGAGAGUAGUAGUAGCAGUGAUGAUUCCAACGAUAGUGAAAAUUUAAAGGAGGGUGAUGAGUAUGUUGUUAAUAAUAAUGAAUGUAAGGCUGAAACACUAUCAACUGACCAAUCCACUGAUACAUUAAUAAACGAUUACGGGAGUGACGAAGCUGACAAUCUGUCAGAGGCUUCUGCUGCGUCUGGUGAUCCCAACAAUUUUGACAACGUCAGUAUCAAAUCAAUAUCAUCACUCGAUAUGGUUCCAUACCAAAAGUAUGACAGCAUUACGGUUUCUUCCGACGAGUUUGGUUCAGAGGUGUGCCAUGCCCCUGAUACAGAAUUCCUUACAGUCAGUGCAGUAAACGAGUGGUGCGUAUCAAAGGCCUUGGAACCGGUAUUAUUGCCAGUGGAAUCAAAAAAAGAAAAAUAUAGAAGGCGGAUGACAGAACGAGUGAAAGAGUUAAUUCACACGGAAAAUGGGUACGUCGAGCGCCUCAGGCACGUGGUCGACGAUUACAUACCAGAAAUGGCUCGUGAUGAUAUACCAAUUACGCUUAAAGGCAUGAAGACUGACAUAUUCGCCAAUAUUGAACGAAUAUGUAGGUUUCACAGUGAAGAAUUCCUACCCGCUUUAAGAGACUGCGAACACGAUCUCAGGAAACUUGGACAAUGUUUUAGGAGAUUUGAGCAAAGGUUCAAUAUGUAUGUAAUGUAUUCUAGGAAUAAUAAAAGAGCAACAAGACUGGUGUAUGAACACAAACAAUUCUUCCAGCAACGCCAAUUCGAAGUAGGCGAUAGAUUAGAUCUAUCGAGUUAUUUAUUAGAACCAGUGCAAAGGAUACCAAGAUACAAAUUGUUUUUGGACGACCUAGUGAAAACUUAUACAAACUAUGAGAAUGAACGGUGCGAAUCUGACUCCAGAAUAUCAAAAUUAAGUGUGGACAGCGAUGAAACUGGCGGCAGUAACGGAGAGUCGGACACUGAUGAAACGCCGUUGGAAAGUUUGAGACUAGCAAAAACUAUGAUUGAGUGUGUUCUAACAGCAGUCGAUGGUAUAAUGGCUUUAGAAAAUAUUAGAGAUUGUCCUCCUUAUCUAAACCUGUUGAAUCAGGGAAGGUUACUGCGUCAGAAUGAAUUCCUGGGAAUGGACAACGCGCGGCGGCGUCGGCAGCUCAUGAGAAUUUUUCUGUUUGACAAAUUGGUGCUCAUUACCGCAGUUUAUAGAAAGCAAUUAACAGUGGAAUUCUUCAUCUAUAAAGACCAUAUUCCUGUGGACGACCUCGGUAUCACGGCGAAGGAGCAUGACCAAUUUAAAUUCAGUAUUUGGUACAAGAAUAGAAAUUUGAAGUCUUACAAGCUCGAGACGAGAGAUCCUGUUAUAAGGAGUUCAUGGGUUGAAGAAAUUACUUCAUUGUUAUGGGAACAGGCGAUGGAGAAGAAAGAAUUACUGCUGCAGCAGCGUAAUAAAAGAGUAUCUAUGGUGUCCAUGGACAGCCAGGAAUCCACCGAGACUGACGCAAAAGAUGACAAAUAUAAUUCCCUGCGAGGCGUGCCAGGAGAAGUCCGCAGGUCGGGGGAUAAGAAAUUUCGACGAACCACGUGGUAUUGUGAAUGAAGCAAACAAUAUCUAAAGAUAUGAAGUUUGAUGACGUCACAGGACUCCCAUCGAAAUAGACCUGAACAUUACAAUACUUGUGUGCGAUACCAAAUGUAUGACUUGCUCUGAGUAGGUCUCCAAAGAUAUUUUAUAUAGAUAAAUUUAUAAAUAUAAUACCAUAAGAUAAUUUAAGAAUUUAAUAUUAAAGCUCUGCUCGACGCGUUUAAUAUGAAAUAUUGUUUUAGGUUCAACCUGAUUUUGGAAAAUUUGCGUUGAGGCAAAUCUUAUUAAAUUGAAUGGAAACAAAUGAUAAAUGCAUUAUUAUAGUUAUUUAUGCAACUGUUGUGUAAUAAGGGGUAUUAAAACACGAAUGUGGAUUUAUCACACGAGGCGAAGCCAAGUGUGAUAAUAGUAUCACAUGAGUGUUUCAAUACCUAAUUAUCAACAGUUGCAUACAAGACUUUAUCUACACCCACAAUAUUAAUCCUCUAAAAGAUUCUGAAACAGCUUACUGCUAACGUUAAAACAGCCAGUCCUAGUAGUAACCUAAUAUCAUUCAUUACUGUUUAUAAACAUAUAAACUAAGUAUUGAAACAAUUAUUUAUUUUAGUAGUAAUUUACAUUUUGUAUAGUGCAAUAAUUAUAAUUCACUAGAAUAUAAUGUCCUUUUGCAGCGUUUAAAAUGAAUCGCUCAUUUCUUGUAAACAAAACAAUAAAAAUAUCGAAAUAAAGUGGCGGGGAUUCGAAUAAUCUACUUUUUUUUUACGGCGCGCGACGUACUGGUAGUGUGGAACGCGCGUAAACGAAAAUGUUCUUUUUUUGAAAUUCAUACAGAUACCACGCAUCGAACAAUAAGAAUGUGACUGUCUGUUGAGACUCUUUGCGCAUGAAGGCAUAGAAAAAAAAACAUAGGAGUGUUGUUAUGAAAUUCAGUACAACAUUACAACACUCGUUUGGAUGACGUAAUGGUUAUUAGAACAUUGGGUGUUUUAAUGUUGGCAAUAAGCUAUCUGUUUAAGAAUCUUUAAUAGAGGCAUGGGUGUAGAUAAAACAAUUUACAUUGUGGUCGAUUUUAAUUUCCUUAACUAAUUUAUACGUAUAGAUAGAGUCUCUUGUUGUUAAAGAACCGAUAAAACAGGCCAAGAAUAUUAGUUUAGUGUGCGUGACAAGCUACGUCUUGCAUUCGCGAUUUGUAUGACACUUUGUGUUAGUGUGCGUGCAUUGCUCAAAAUAGAGGUCAGAAACUAACUAGUUUUUAAGGAUUUUUUUCGACGUUUUCACAGCUGUCAUAGUCUAUCUAGACGCAUAAAUGAUUUAAGAUAAUUUCCUAGUGUUAUACGGCCACUACCUAAAAUCCAUUAUUGAGAUUUAACAUGUUCCUUUUAAUAACAUUUCUAAAAGAAUUAUCCUAAAAUAUAUUCACCUCAAUAAAACUCAAUAACUUUGAAAACUCCAUAACAAUCAAUUUUUUUCUGAUAAAGUGAAAGUCAUCUCUUACUUUCAGACUUAAAUACACCAAAUGAUGUUUUAAAAUGAUAUAGAGGUGUGUCUGUUUAUAAAUGUGAAGCGUAAACGGCUUUUUUAAAUAAAGAAAAAUAGAAAUUAUAGACUGUUAAAUAAAACACUUUUAAAGGAUUAAAACGCGUGUAAUUGUAACGGUUUUACAUUAGAUGUUUGCGUAAAAAGUUACAUUUUUAUUUUAGUUAACCCGACGUUUCAAGACCUUUCCAGAUCUCGUUUUCAGGGGGUUACAGUUACAAUUACACGCGUUUUAAUCCUUUAAAAGUGUUUUAUUUAAAUGUGUAACACUCGCGUUAUCGAAAAUAUAUCGUCAAAGAAAAUACUAAUUAUAGGCAGUCAAAGAAUAAGCAGCUGAAAAUAUAAUUUUAAAACCUUAUUUUCCAAAAAAGGUAUAAUUGGUACAUGAAACGUUAAUGCUGAUGAAGGUCUUUUUAUUGAAAAGAAAAAAAUUGAGAUCAAUCACUUCAAUUCUCCAGUUAUAGUAGAGACUUACGUAUUACUUCCAAUGACGUUUUAUAGAUAGACCAACAGACAAAUCAAGCCUAUCCGAAAUAUGGAACAUGCCACAAAUUUCACUAUAAUAAGCUUCGACUGCUUUAUCUUUACAUUACCGCAUUUACUCUAGUUGCUUAAAAUAUUCUUGGUCAAUAAACAGCAAUGUAAAAAAAAUAUUCAGUUCAGGUUUCGGACAAAGACCGUUGACCCACGACAUACGAGAAAAGUGUGCUUACAUUGUCAUUAAGCACACAAAAUUUGCAUAAAGUUAUAACUAAUCAUAAACUAAGAAAAUGUAAAAUGUUUACAAAUAGACAUUUUGCUUACGAUUGGUUAAUUCGGACGUAUAACGUUUCCCGCGUUUAUUUGCAUGACAGCUUGUCAUUCGGAAAACUUCAGAAUUAUCAUUGUUUUGACAGUGUUGUCAACGAUAUUGUAAACAUUUUGCAUAUUCUUUGUUUAUGCUUAGUUAUAACUUUAUACCAAGUUUAUUUGUAAGGCCGUAUAUGUUUAUAGAAUGUCAUCGAUAGCUUCUAUCAAUAUUCCAAAUAAAGGACAAUUAAAUUAGAAAAAAUGGAUUCACAGCUUCUUCAAUGAUGUUCAUUAGAAUAAGGAAUUCAUUAUUAACUCGUAUUGACCGAUAUUUGUAUAAAUGUGAUAAUUGAGUUUAAAAUUUAGUCAUUAUUUUACACAGUAGUAAAUUAAUUAAAAUAUUUAAAAUAGCACAUAAAAUAUUUAAUUAAUACCGUUUGUGUAAAUAUUAAAUAGCAUAGAAAAACAUGAAUUAUGCAGUAAUAAAUGAAAAUAUUGUUAUUUAAAUUUUGUAUGAUAAAAUUAUAUUUAAAAACCAA